AUGUCUGCGACCCGACGAUUGUGCUUUCUGACGCUGUACUUUUUUGCGAUACACCUCCGAUGGUCGAUCGGAGGCAAUCCACGGGAUAGCGCGCACAUCGGUGGCCGGAAUGCUUACGACACCACCAGCGUGGGCAAAAACAGUAGCAACACUAUUGCCUGCCAAGAGGACGUGCUGGAUCAGUGCCCCCCCAACGCGUCAUGUGAUAAGGGACAGUGUGUUUGUCUUUUUGGUUACAAACUGAAUCCCGCCUAUCACGGGAAAAACGCGUCUCAGUCCUCACCAACAGCGCCUGCAACGAGCAACAGUGUGGUCCCGUACGUGUACUGUUUGCUGGACGAAAGCAGCCACAAAUCAGCCACCACGAACGGUGGCUCUAGAAAUAGCAGCAACGCGGCAGCCGAAGGCAUUAAGGGCACCGAGAAUGGUCACGCAGGACAGCUUCCCCUGCGGGAGCCCGUCGCUGCCCACCACAUCCUGGGAGGCGUGCUCAUCCCGUUGGCCUUCGUGGUGAUACUUAUCGGCAGUGCAUUCCUGGCGAAGCGCACUGAUCUGUGGUCCCGACUGCGACAACGGUUCCUUGCGCAUCGCAACCGCCACCGCCGUCGGCCGGCGUACGAAGACGUGGUGCUAGUGGGCUUUGAGCCACAGAUGGGCAGACUUUGA